CUCCCCCUUCGCCGGCCCGCCGUGACGAAGGCGGAGGAGGACCCAGCCAUAUAGCGGCCGCUCAUGCCCUUCCUCGCCGCGGGGGGAGCUGCAAAAGCCGGAGCUGGAGGCGACGGCGUAGGGUGGAGAAGAGACACGGAAACGCAGUGUGUUAGCCUGACACCAUGGUGGGUGAAGAAAAUAUCUCCGUAAGGAAUCGCCGAUCAACUUAUGAGACUGCAGAAGAGAAAGAAGACUUGCCAAAGAGGCUUGAAGCAGACUGGUCUUUCCCACAGUCAAGCAAUGGUCGUGUUGACGUUGACCAUUUGGUCACUCGAAAGAUGCAACUUUUGGUGGAGGCUGAGCAAAUGAAACCAGCUUUCAUGCAGCGGAUCGACAGCCACUUUACAGAAUUAGUAAAUGGCUUGAUUGCGAAGUCCGUUCAGCUGGAGUCUCUGCCCCCUGCCUUCUCAGCCGAGAAAGAUGGUGGCUUCAAAAGCAAAGGAUCAAGAGCACCUCCAGAGCAUGGAAAAGUUUUUGUUGCUAGAAAGUCUGUUUUGGAUGAGCUAUUUGAAGUGGAACACAUCCGGACCAUAUAUCACAUGUUCAUUGCUCUCCUCAUCUUGUUCAUUCUCAGCACCCUCAUAGUAGACUUUAUUGAUGAAGGAAGGUUGGUGCUGGAGUUUGAUCUCCUGGUCUACGCUUUUGGCAAAGGUUCUGUCGUUGCUUCCACUUGGCUUUACAUGUUCCUGUCCACCCUGACUGUGCCCUAUGGGCUGUUCCUCCAGUGGGCCCAGGGCUACCAUGGUUCCACCCACAAGACAAUCCACUCCGCUUUCUUUGGGGGUCUCUUCAUGAUCUUCCAGAUAUUUGGGCUUGGAGUGGGACCAGCUUACAUAGCCAUUGUCUACAAUUUACCACCAGCCUCUGCUUUCAUAGUGAUACUUGAGCAGGUGCGUCUGCUGAUGAAAGGCUACUCUUUUAUCAGGGAGAAUGCUCCUCGAAUACUUUCCUUUACGCCACAGAAGACAAACACCGUCCAGGUUCCUAAAGUUUCCCAGUACCUGUAUUUCCUCUUUGCUCCCACCCUUAUUUACAGAGAUGAAUAUCCCCGAACUCCUACAAUAAGAUGGAGCUAUGUAGCUACCAAGUUUGCACAGGUCCUUGGGUCACUCUUCUAUACUUACUAUAUAUUUGUGAGACUCUGUAUACCUACAUUUCGGAACUAUAGUCAGGAGCAUUUAACUGUACGAGGGCUGGUCCUUUGCAUCUUCAGUUCUAUUCUUCCAGGUGUAUUGAUGCUGUUCUUGGUCUUUUUUGCAUACCUUCACUGCUGGCUGAAUGCUUUUGCUGAGAUGCUGCGCUUUGCUGACAGAAUGUUCUACAAGGACUGGUGGAAUUCUACAUCUUAUGCAAAGUAUUACCGAACCUGGAAUGUGGUGGUGCAUGACUGGCUGUAUUACUAUGCAUACAAAGAUUUCCUUUGGUUAUUUGGGAAAAAAUUCAAAGCAGUUGCUAUGCUGUCAGUCUUCACCCUUUCUGCUAUUGUGCACGAAUACGUCUUGGCCGUCUGCUUUGGUUACUUCUAUCCGGUCCUGUUCUGCCUCUUCAUGUGUUUUGGAAUGGUUUUCAACUUCAUUCUCAAUGACCGUCGGAAAGGACCCAUUUGGAAUGUGUUCAUGUGGAUUACGCUCUUCCUUGGUCAGGGUGUCAUACUCACCCUCUACAGCCUGGAAUGGUAUGCUUAUAAGCACUGCCCUUUGAAAAAUCCCGCUUUCCUUGACUAUGUGAAACCGCGUUCCUGGACUUGCCAUCUUAAGUUCUGACACCCUUUGGGAUAUCCCUCCGUGUCAAGGUCAGAAGAUGUUUGUCUUUUAAACAAUGACAAGAAGUUGGGCUAGCGUGUUAAAAUGACUGCAGACUUUUUAAAGGGAAACUGUCUUUAGUUAUGGCAAAUGAUGGCAUUUUGUCACUCAAGGCAGCUAGGACUGCAGGUGGCUUGGCAGAUGGUUCUCUUUCCUUUGGCAGCUCCAACCUGAGCCAUUUCCAUGCUGGUCAUGAAUCCUACUGAAAGGUUGGUGAAGGAAUUUCCAGUGAAGUUUUUUGCCUAUUGCAAACAGUACUUUAUGUGUUACUACUUUUCUCUCUUAACUGUCUGAAAUUGGCAGUAUUGUGAUUGGGGUUAGGCUUGCAUGUCUGACCGUAACCGUCCUUCCGAAUUGCCUUUUGAAACAGGACACUUGCUCAGUAUUUGUAUGCAUUCUUUUGCUUGUUGCCACCACACAAUAUGUGAUGGAGCCAGUGGCCCACAAAAAAUGACUUUGUUUUUUAUUUACUAUCACCAGACAACCUCGUUUCCUCCCCACUCCCAAAUAUAGGCAGAGGCUUUGAGGGAGAUGCAGGGCUAUUUGCAUUGGGGUAUAGAAAAGGGAAGGAGAUUGGGAGAGAGACUUGGGCUUUCUUACCUUUCGCAAACCACGGCCCAAGCGAGGAGGGCUUGAGUCUGGAGAUGUGUGUUACGGGACACGCUUCUUGUUGGAGGGCCAAGUUUACUUGUCACUUGUAUGUGACUUGGUGGAGAAGCAGUAAGGUAUUUUACACCCUUUUCCAUGGAAGUAGCCAUAAUGUAAGCAUAUGAGUUUUGAUUCAUCCACAACCUUUAAUUUGCCAAAACAAAUAGUUGUUGGAAUGUAAAUUGGCCUAGGAUAUAUGGAAUCUGUUAACUUCUACUUUGAGGAUAAUGUUACUGAUUCUUAUGUGUCACGAAAGGUGCGUUGUAACUUUUUUGCCUUGUUUUCAAGCUUUAUUCCCUCCUCCCCCUUUCAAUAAAUUUUCACUUGCUGAAGUGUACCAUUUAGGUGUAGGAUCUUCCUUUGGAUACUUAGCCUCUUAAUAUUAUGAGCAGUAAAGGUUGGUAUUUUCCUUACCAGGCUUACUUUGCCCUUUGGCUUCCGAUCCAAUAAAACAGGCAGCAUUAAAUUAAGUACCACAAUUAAGGUGCAACUUAAAUUGCAAACAUGUUGCACUGGGAGUAACUUGCAUUCUCUCUGCCAAGGAUGGCUACUUGCUGCUUUCUUGUUGGCAGCACCACAAUGCACACAGUGGCCCAUGGUCUGGAAGCCUCUUGGUGUGCACACAUGGGACUGUUUUCUAUACCAAAAGUGGGUGCUGUCUGCUACUAAGGGCUGCAUCAUUCCCAUUUUAACCAGAACCAGUGUCUUCAGGGGUUCCUACUCUCUAGCCAAGGACCCAAGCGGACCUGAUGCUGUUUAUGCAAUUAGUUCUUUUGAAAAUGAAUAGCAUCUGUGGAGCCCCAAUGUGGAUUGGAAUUGUGGCCUAGGGGUGAGGAGCUUUAACAAUAGGCUCCCAGUUUUGAUCAGGGGAAACCCACAGUGCUUUGUGCAUUUAGUGGAAAACUCCCCUUGGCACCAAUCAUAGGCGCACAAAAUAAAUAUAAAACCAUACUUUGAUUAUUCUGUGGCCCUAUCAACCACCAGACACAAUUUUCCUGUGGGCCAGAUGCAACCCAUGAACUGCCAUCUGGUCAGCAUUCCUGUAUCAAUAUACUUCCAGUCUUAAAUUUUUAUAAACAGCUAAAUGCCACCCCAUGCUACAUGUCCAGUUUUAAGUUUUUGCAUUCCUUACUGAUGAUUUCUGUAGCGAUUUGGAGGGCGAAUGCAGUUUGUGUUGAAGAACCUAGAGAGUGUGUUGGCUUGAAAUGAUCAUACUGCUCCACUUAAAACGCUGGUUUACUUUGUGAGACAGCCUUGGGUGGGUGGGGGAUGCUCAGAGCUACAGAAGGAGGGACUGUGUCAUUGUGAAAAACAAUACCCCUAUAUUGCUGACUGCUCUCUGUGUAGUCUAUAAUCUGGAGUUUUUCUCACAGCCACCCUAAAAUGCAUUUCUGGCAUGUUCUAAGAGUGCAAAGGCGUGUGUGUAUGGAGAGGGGGAAAGGCUAUAUAUUAGCGUAGGCACAUAGGAGAGAUGCAAGUUUUUUUGUGUCCUAAAGCUGCUGUCCUUUGUAUUGUCCUAAAUAUGGUGCCCUAGUAAAUUCUAGGUGCUGGCAGCUUUUCUCACGUCAUCUAACUGCAGCAAAACAUAAAAAAAGAAACUUAAUUCUGAUUUAUACUGCAGAAAACAGCUUACGUGAUAAGUGUGCUAAUUUUAAUCAGUACUUUGAUAUGACCUAAGUGUAUUGCCAUUUAGCUAAGCCAUGUGUUCCAGGUUUAUUUGACGAAGGUGGGUGUGUCAUUGAUAUAGGUUAAUUUUUUUGGAUUUGGGGGGAAAGUGCCACCUGGUUGAAUAUGAUGAGUAAUAGUUUCAAGAUGCCCAACGUCAAGUACAGUAUUUAAUCUAGUUCAAAACUUAAAAAUUCACUGAAACGGUAUCCACUUUUGGAGAAAGAUGAGGAAAUAUGAGCAUUUGAGUUUGGAUCAACACCCUGUGUAAGCUCAAAAGGAGUCUGAUAAGUUCCCUUACCAAACACACAGUUUUUAGAGGCAACUUGUAGUUGCAGGUUCUAGAUAGAGGUGUGAGGGAGACUUCUGUUCCUAGAACAUUCCAAACUCUAUGUGCAGAUUGUAGAAUUGCUAAAUCAGUGUUAACAUGAUAGACGCAUCCAUUCCAAACUCUAUGUGCAAAUUGUAGAAUUGCUGAAUCAGUGUUAACAUGAUAGACGCAUUCAUUCCAAAAAGCUUUUUGCUUUUGGUCUUAAAUUGUCUAUGAUGGCACUGUAAUUGUCAUUAUAAGAUGGCCUGGGUCCACCCAAAGAAUUUUCAUCGCAUUGUGUCCUUUUCUGCUGCUUGUUUAAAGAGAACCCCCCAAACUUCUGUCUUCAGAAUAUAAUUUGAAAAUUUCAUCAAAUAAAUCCUGUUGUCUUUGGGAAAUAUGUUUUCUUUUUUCUAAGGGGGACGUUUGGGAAGAUCAAUAUACGGUACUAAUUGUAAUCAACCUUAUGCUUUGGGACUGAAUCUGUGAAUGUAAACUGGAUGGGCCACAUGAUUGUAAAUCUCUUGCAAAUGAUCUAUUCUACACAACUGAUUGUAACCUUUGUACCUCUGUGACAAGGCAUCCUGUUAGUUUGAAAGGUGCUGGAUUGCAAGGCUGUAGUUUUCCUCUUUUCUCAGAGUGAGCAAUGGAAAACUUUUCUUGCACAGAUGGUGGUGAGAAGAGGACCUUAAACUGUACUUGACACUGGAAUGGUAUCGCCAAGCCUCACUUGCAUCUUUUGUAAUAUGGAGAAUAUUCUGGGUCAGGGAAGGUUGUUGAUGGUGGGAUGGAGAAUUUUGUAACUGAUUCCAAAAUGUAUUGAACUGUCUGUUGUGACCUAUUCUGUUACUUGCAAGGGAUUAUGUGAUCUAUACUGUACUACAGAAAUUGAAAUAUAUUUUGCUAUUCAUGAAA